AUGGACAGGAACGACAACCUUCUGAGCGCUCUUGUGCAGAGCAAAAGCCUCAAGACGGCAAAUGGUGAAUGGGUUCUCCUGUAUUUUGAACCGAGGAGGCAAAUCGACCUUUGGGGCACUAACAGCUGGUUCCGCGGCUGCCAGAAUGAGUAG